AUGAAGCAGAAGAGGGCCAACGGGAGGCCGCAGUUGCAGGCGGUCCCGCCUACGGAGGCCAUAGAUUUGGGAGUUGGCGGGCUUUCCCUCUGCCCUCGCCUCAAGCUCCUUCUGAGCUUCUUCCGCUCCGAUGCGUCCGUCAGGCCAGUCGACGAGUGGAAGCUCAAGAGGGCGCUCCUGGAUUUCCUCCACGACUCGAUCGGGCUCUCCGUCCCUGAGGAAGACCUUGCCAUCCACAAGCUCCCCGAUCUCAACAAGCGGAAGCGCAGCGAGCCAGUGGCCGCCGGUGCCCUCUUCAUCCGGGAUUUGGAUCACCUGAGGAGGAGGGGCAAAGGGGAACAAGAAGAAGAGGAUGGGGAGUUUCCCCGGAGGAGGUUCUUCGAGUGGAGGGACUCCGUUGUGGGGAAGACGGACGGGAUCGAGCUGAAUAUCGAGGGCGUGAAGUUCAGAUUGACCGUGGAGAUCCCUCCGUCGGACGAUUUCGAUCAAUUGAAAAAAUCCUGGGAAGAUUUCUUCUCCACCCAGCCUUUGGGAACAAGUAAGAACGGAUUUAUUUAAAUUGAGUGCGGAAUUUCGCUGAUUUCAUAUUUUCCGUGGAAUCACUUCUUCUGUUCGUACGGUUCUCAGGGUAUUCUUCGAGAGGCGCUCUCCGAAGACCCGACACUAUUGUUGUUGCAGGGGUGCCUUCAAGGUGGUUUGCCGAGCCGCGGGUGUCGUCUAAGCCUUCCAUGCUGGUUACCCACACCAUAUUUUCAGUGCUCGGGAAGAUCAGGUGUGCGCGAAGAACCAUUUCAUCGCCCGUAGAUCGUCUUUUUCUCUGAUUUAUUUGUAUCAAAGAAAUCAAUAAUUUCAUUUCGGUAGUUAUUACCUUCAAGCGAUCAUCUGUUUAUAAUGUUGAGUUAGAAACUCUUCAAACCGAUCAUAUCUGGAAAAAAAACACUAUAAUAAAUCAAAUUAUGCAUAUCUAUUGGAAUCAUAAGGUCAUCAUCGUGACUAACAAAAGAAAUCUUUGGGAAAUCUAAUCAGCCCCUUACUUUACCUUGAGGGAAGGAUUAACUUACAGUCCUAGAGCUAGAACCAGUGUGCUGUCUCAGAUUGCUCCUGGUGAUUCUUAGCACUGAAAAUAUGGUGUGGGUAACCAGCAUGGAAGGUGAGUUUCAGGGGGAAGGUGCUCUGCAAUUCAUGGCUGUUGACUAUGGAGAUUGACGCAGGUCACUCUGAUGCUUGUGCUUACAGUCUUUCUUGGCUUCUUCUGUGCUUUAGGGCAACCUCCUAAUUAGCUGUAUUUUGCUCAGAGAUGGGCAGUGAUGCAUUGAACGCCUUCUCCGGGUUGGGGUUACCAGCCUACAGCUACCUACGCCACUUCACUCAUUUCUUUGAUGGGAUGAUCAUGAUUAUGAUGUGGAGUGUAUGAAUAAGUUUUAGGAAAAAAAUAUAUGUUCUGGACUUGUCUAUUUUCUUGAAGUAGAUCCGAUUAGGAUUAUGAUGUGGAGUGUAUGAACAAAUUCUUGGGAAAAUUGAGUUCUGAACAGAUAUAUUUUCUUGAAAUAGAUCCGAUUAUAAUUAUGAUGUGGAGUUUAUGAAUAAAUUAUUGGGAAAAUUGUGUUCUGAACUGAUAUUUCUCUGAUUUACCUACCCAUUCCAUCCUUUGUCCUCACCAUAAGAAUGCUCCUCAAUUGGAAGAUUUUUUCCGAAAAAAAUUCAAAGGAUAUUCAGAAAUUCAGACAAUUGCAGUUCUGGUUUUAUUUAUUUCGAUAUGGUUCACAUAUUCAUCGGCCAUGUACCAGGUACAUCUUUUUUUCUUCUGCAUAUUGACUCAUUCCCUCUGAUGCAAUAGGAAUCUUAGUGUAGCUAGCGACGAUGCUUCAGGUAAGGACGAAGGGAGUAAAGGAGAUCUUCUCUCUGGACUUCAUUGCAAGGCCUGGGUUCAGUUCGAGGAUUAUAGCGACUUCUGUGCUGCAACAAAGGUUCUCUGUGGGCGUUCGAUGCAUAAGGUGGAGAUGGAACUUAAGCCCUUUUGCUUAUUUUUAUCUAAAACUUUGGAUUCGAUGAAAUGUUGAUAGACUGAUGAAAAUAUAAAGAACAAUAAUAUUUAUUGCUCUCUCUCUCUCUCUCUCUCUCUCUCUCUCUGCGCCUGCGCGAUUUAUUGUCUUAAUUAGUUACCCUUUUUGACCGGCUUGUUCUUCAGGAAGGAUCGCGUCUGAAAUCGGACUAUGAAGUAUCGUGGGACAGGGAGGGAUUCUUCAGGAUCCUUGAGGAAAGAACACCCAGAAGCCACCUUGAAGAAAGUAGUCAAACCUAUCAACAAUCACUUGCAGGCCGUCUGAGGAGGGAAGCCCCGAGAGUUCAAUCAGAGGCCACUCGCAUUCCAAAGAGGUUCAGGGUAAUAUAUCUCAUCCGAUCUUCUACGUCCUGAUUGGAAUCUGAGUCACCUGUUGAUGUUUUCUGCGCAAUUUCAAUUGGAUGGUUCUGGGUUGACCACAGCCCAAAAUAGGCUGACCCAGCCGAUUUUGGAUUAUCAUUAAAAAGAAAUCGUGUCGGGUGCGAAUGAAAGUCAACCAUAGUUGUGGAGUCUAUAAGAUUUCUUCAUGACCAGCCAGUUCAUGUACCGUUGACCGACUCUCAUGAUCAUCCUCCUUUUUUUUUCUCCCUUUGUCCAGAUUCCUCAAAAAUGAACUUGACGUCCGUGUCUGAAAACAUGCAGGAAUGAGGUGUCUUCGGCGGAAGCAAAAGGUCAACGGUAGUGGAUCUCUAUCUUGUCAAGAUCAUCUGAAUCUCUUAUCACCGCGUUCAUUCUAUCUACAAAUUUUUGUCGUGUUAUCUAUCUCCCGAUUUGCAAACGAUAGAAUUCAUGCCUAAUCUGAAGCAUCUCCUGAUGUAGAAUGUCAACUGGACGUGGGUUUUUUUUCGGGUAAUGUGUUCCUCUCCUUGGAAUCUCUUUCACUAUUCGUUGACAAGAUUAAUAAUGUAGGAGACUUCUUCAUGGAUCUUCUCCGGGUAUCAGAGCUGGACCUGGCCCCUCAACGGUGAGGCCAGAGCCAGGCGGUCUCAGCCCGUUGACUUCCUAAUAUGAAUGUGGGACCCAAUAGCGCUCUUACCGAGUUUCACUCUCUAGAAGAGCUGCCCUCCAUGGAGAUCUCUUCGUCUCCGGUUGUACCAUCGAAUUCCAAGGUCAGACCUGAAAAUCUACAUCAUCGAGCACGAUUUACAUGGAACAGGGAACGUUGGUGAGUUGGACCCUCUGUUCCCGUUCGUCCGAUGCCUUGUCCGAGGCGUUGCGCCGCCGUCGGUGGUCGGGGACGGCGGCAAUCUGUGAUCCUUCAUGCUGGGCACGGCGUACCAUCAUAUGGAGAUGAACAAGAUAGCGAAAGCCCGCCCAAACGCUGGCAGGCAGAGAGGGUAGCUAAGAGCUUUUGACAUAUGCCCGCGUUGAGGAUUCGGAUUCUUCUGAGGACAGCUUUGGUAGAGAGUGAACUACCCACGUGUCAAUUUGACUUUCACCGGAUAUUUUGGUCCGUUCGUCACGUGUAUAACCGUCCUCAAAUGUCAAGGUCUAGUGAAAUUCUGCAUUUAGACCAUACCUACGGAGUCAAAGGGUUCCUUGUAAGAUGGCUCCUCGUGUCGCUGCAUCAUAGUGUUUUUUUUUUCUCCUUCUAUUUCAAGUAAAGUAAAGUGGAUUUUUCUAAUGCUUAAAGUCUUUAUAUUUGUAUACUGUGUUUAAAAUAAUCACAAAUAAUUUUAUAACUAUUUAAUUUUAAAAAUGUAUUCAACGGUGUGCCGGCAGCGGGUGGAUUAG